AUGUUCAAAUACGCCGUUGUUCUCUUCGCUCUCUUCGCCUGCGCUGCUGCCAAGCCCGGUUUUCUGGCUGCCGCUCCAUUGGCCUAUGCUGCUCCUGCCGCUGUUGUCGCUGCACCUGCUCCAGUUGUUACCGCCACCAGCAGUCAAGUGAUCGCGAGAAAUUACAAUGGUAUCGCCGCUGCUCCAGUUGUUGCUGCCGCCCCAGUUGUUGCUCGCUAUGCUGCCGCUGCUCCUCUGGCUGCUCCCUUAGUUGCACCAUUGGCUGCUGCUCACUAUGCUGCUGCUUCUUUAGCCGCUCCAGUAUUGGCCCGUUACGCCGCCGCUCCCUUGGCUGCUGCCGUGUGGUGAAAGAUGUUCGUACAUUUUAAUAAAUA